AAGUCUGAAUUAGGUUUUUUUUCCGAUUUAGAGCCUAUGUGAAGAAGAUCGUUCGCGGUUGCUGUUGUACAUGUUGGAAGUGGUCGACCAGGUCGAAGGUGAGGUCGACCUAAUGUAGCAUUCACCGUCAUCUUUUGUAAUGCGUUCUUUCCACCGUCUAAUUUGAUAUAUUGUUGCGUGCAGAAUUCCAUUCGGUCGGCCGUGACAUCAACCAGGUCGACCUGACGAGACAAUUCUUCAUAUUUGAAUUUAGGGCACAACACUUGGACUUCUGUACUUGCGAGGUAACGAAGAUCAACCCAAGUGGUCGACCUAAUGUGUUUCAAGGUCGACCGUUUCUGUUUGUUUUGGUUAUUCAACCUGAAUGUCGACUUUGUCUUUGUUUGUAUGACUAUGUUGUGCUUGAAAAGGUCGACCGCGCCAGAUAUCUGGUCGACCUAUCCUUUUUUCGCUUUAAUUUUGAACUUACUUUUUGUUGUUAAUUGUUAUUUUUCCUGCUGGAUAGGUUGACCUAGGAAGAACAAAGGUCGACCUCAACGGUUGUGGUAGUCACUAUUUGUCUUCCAGGUCGACCUAAUACUUUGUCAGUUCGACCACGUCUUUGUUUUUUGGUCAAUUGUAGAAAUUUGUAGUUGAAUUAUGAUUUGAAGUUUUCUUUAAAUUGUUUAGACGAUGACGCAUGAUGAGAGACUGCAUCAAGAUUUGGGUGAAAUCAUGAAAUUGUUGAAAGCCACACAAGAGAAGCUGGUGGUGUCUCAAACACAAGUCAAUGACUUUCAGAAGUCCAUGCGUGAUAGAGUGGAGCAAUUGUCAGUUCGACUGACAGAUAUGACUGGGAUGAUGCAUGACGGGUUUGAGAGGCUAGAAGGUGUUAUCAAAGAUAUAAGUGCAGAACGAAUGGAGAAUGGCGAAAGAGAUGGUAAAGGAAAGAAAUUUGACUUUGGUAAAGAGGAGGAAGAACAUGAUGACUCUGAAAAUUGCUACCAGAGCAUAGACGAUUUAUUGAAAGAGCACAUUUUAAAGGUAUCCAAGUAUAUUCAUAUGUGAUUGAAGAUAUUAGUAUUACUAUCAUUAGUGCUAAUUUGUUUUGUUUAUAUGUUUGACAGAGUGAAACAACGAAUGGCAGCAAGGGUUCCUCUCCUAAGUACAAGAGACCGCGAUAUGAAAGUGACUCCUACACCACUCCACAGAAGGAUCAAUUUGUAAGAAAAGGAUUAUUUAGUGCUGAUAGCAAUGAAGAUGAAUCUAAGAGUCCUUUCGAAAAGCAUGGGGUAAGUUUACGUUACAUAUUCAUUUAUAAUGUGUGUUUGUGUUCAUAUGUUACUUUAAUUUUAACUAAGAUUUGUAGGUCAUUGAUGCAAUAUCGACUAGCACGAUAUUUAAUUCCCGUGGUCCAAAAAUGAAGAUUCAAAUUCGAC